AUGAUACUUCCCAAAACAGAAGGAAAACACAAAAUUUUAACAAAAAAAUUGACUGAUGUAUUAGAUAAUCGUCCUUUAAAUAAAACUUUUACUAUAGCCAAAAGUUCGAAUAAUAUAAAUAAUGAAGAUGAUAAAUUUAACAGAAAAAGAAGUAACAGUUUUGAUUCUGAUUUUGUUGACUUUGGAAAAGGUGGAACAUUAAGAAUAAGAGUAGAAAAAACUUGUUUUGCAAUGGAUUGGGGAAGUAAAGAAUUAUUAAAAGGAAGAAAAUCAGGGAAUAAUAUUAGUCCAAAUAAUUCAAAACAAAAUAAAGAAAAAUCUGAAAGAAGAGAAUUAAAUAAAAAUAAAGAUUCGAAUACUCCAAAAUUGCCAUCUUUGGAAGGGUUUUUGCCUGGAAGAACUUGCUGUCAACUCCAAUUUUGUAGAUUUUCUAAUUUGGAAUUGCUUAAAUACAAGAGGAAUUUAAUGAAUUAA